AUGCUCGACCCGUUCCCGUUCGCGGCCCCCGCCGCCCUGCAGCAGGCCAUCAAGCCCUUCGCCGACUACAUGUCCUUCAAGACCCUGCCGCUGCACAUCCACGAGCUGAUCUUCGCCGUGCUGCUCUACCACGUCACCAACACCGUCAUCUCGCCUUGGCUGUCGGCGCGCCUGUUCCCGAACAUCUACCCGCAAUUCAAUAAGCGCACCCGCAUCAACUGGGAUGUCCACGUUGUGUCUCUCCUCCAGUCGACCCUGAUAAACGCCCUGGCCCUCUGGGUCAGCUUUGUCGACGAUGAGCGCGCCGAGAUGGACUGGGAGGGUCGCAUCUGGGGAUACACGGGCGCGAGCGGCCUGAUCGUGGCAUUCGCCUGCGGCUACUUUGUGUGGGAUCUAUGGAUCAGUCUGCGCUAUGUGAAGGUCUUCGGUCUCGGUCUCCUGGCCCACGCCGUCAGCGCCCUGUCCGUCUACAGCUUCGGCUUCCGCCCCUUCGUCAACUACUACGCCCCGACCUUUAUCCUCUACGAGCUCUCUUCGCCCUUCCUAAAUAUCCACUGGUUCUGUGACAAGCUGAACAUGACGGGCUCCAAGAUCCAGCUCUACAACGGCUUCAUCCUGCUCGGCACCUUCUUCACCGCCCGCCUCUGCUGGGGCACCUACCAGUCGUUCCGCGUCUUCGCCGACAUCUACCAGGCCAUCCAGGCCGGCGGUCUGGUCUCCGGUUCCGGCCCGGCCGGCCUGGGCGAGGGCGCAGAUAGCGCGACGCUGACGGUGGAGCAGCAGCUGGCCGGCCUGCCGCCGGCGGCCGCCAAGGCCGAGACGAUGCGCUUCGCCGAGGGCACCGAGGUCCCCAUCUGGCUGGCGGUCACGUACCUCGCGUCCAACGUCACGCUCAACUCGCUCAACUUCUUCUGGUUCAACAAGAUGAUCGCCACGGUGCGCAAGCGCUUCGAGCCGCCCCUCGGCACCAAGCGGCCGGAGAAGGAGAAGAAGGUCAAGAAGGAGGAGGACAAGGUCCUCGUCGAGGGCAUCGACGUCGAGACGGACGAGGAGGUCGAGGUCAAGGCCACCGCUGUCUCUACCGCCAACGGCGAGGCGGAGACGGUCAUUGCGAGGGGCUUGUACGACGACGGCAGGAAGACGGUCGAGGUCGCGAAGACGGAGGUGAGAAAUAGGCGGAGAGGUUGA